AUGGAUCCUCUUUCCAUUACCGCUAGUAUAAUUGCGGCUCUGCAGGCCGCCAGCGCUAUCAUAUCCACAGCGUAUUCCAUAAAAGCGGCAAUGAAAGAUGUUCCCAUCACGGUCUUGUCAAUUAUAUCCGACAUCAUUGAGUUGAGAAACGUUUUAGAAACGUUGGAUCGGCUAGCAUAUGAGGAUCCGAAAGACGAUCCAAAUUCACACUUGUCUUCAAAACAACGUCGCUCCUUCGAGAUGCUCUCAAAUCCUCAUGGCCCUCUCGAGAUUUGCCAGCAAGAACUCAAAACAUUAGAGGCACUGAUUGACGAUCGUUCGGGAUCUCGAAGGGGAGCUUUGGUACAAGCAUUGAGAUGGCAGUACGGAGGUGACGAGAUACGGAUGUCGUUGAAACGAAUCGAACGGAUCAAGAGCACUCUCAAUCUAGCCAUUACAGCAGAUUCGGCAGCAUUGCUAUUGAACAUCCAGGAGAUGGUGACCGACAUUGCGACUGUGGUUGAAACAGUGCAGAUUCGAGAGCUUAACGAGACGCAGAAGAAGAUAUUGCGCUGGCUUUCCCCUGUCGACCCUUCAGCGAGCCACGAAGCGGCGACCAGGAUUCACCAAGCUGGAACUAAUGACUGGUUUUUACACGGGUCAGAGUUUCAGAACUGGUAUGCGGCGAAGCGUUCAUUCCUAUGGCUCAGUGGCCUUCCUGGAGCUGGAAAGACGAUCCUUCUGUCUAGUACAGUGACUUACCUCAGAGAGCGAGCGGCGAGCGAUGACCUAAUUGCUUGGUUCUACUGUGAUUUUAGAAAGAAGGAAACUGAGGAACUGAUUAAUGUCCUGGGUUGUCUUAUUAGUCAAUCAUGCACUCAGAGCGGAAUGUUUCCACCUGCAUUGAAAGAUGCCUACCAAAAGACACACAGCAAAUCUGACAAGCCGAAUUUACAGUUGCUGCGCCAGCUUCUCGAGAUUUUCGCAGCGAGGUUUCGUCUGUUCCUUUUGAUCGAUGGGCUCGACGAAUGUGCUCAGCCGGAGCAGGCUAUCGACUUCAUCUGCGACCUACAAAAGUCAAACAUAGCUAUCAAUCUUUUAUUGACGAGUCGCGAUGUGCAAACAGUACAGGGGUUGGACGAAUUUGUCCAUGUGAAAAUCGAAGCCCAUCAACGCGAAGUCUCGCAGGACGUCAAACUAUACCUGGACAAUCGUCUAAUAUCAGAUAAAAGACUACAAUGGCUGAAUAAAAAAUCCCAUGAUUCGUUAAGGGAAGACAUAGCAAAUCAGCUGAUGGAGAGGUCUGCUGGAAUGUUCCGUUACUGCCAGUGCGCCAUCGAUGCGAUUGCAAGCCUUCGCACGGUCAGAGCGAUUCGGACUGCUUUGCGAGAGCUACCACGAGGACUGGACGAAACAUACGAUAACAUAUUGUUGAAAAUCCCAGAGCCAGACACCGAAACGGUUCGGAGAAUUCUGAUGUGGGUAGCAUUCGCCACAAUGCCAAUGACAUUAGGGGAAGUAUAUGAAGCAAUCGCCAUUGACGCCGAUCUCGGCUUGGAUCAUCUGGACGAAGAAUCACGCCUGCGGACACCAGCGGAUAUACUUGACCUCUGUGGAAGCCUUGUCGUCGUGUCCGAGGAUGGCCACAUCGGACUGGCGCACCUCUCCGUGAAAGAGUAUUUACUGUCACCCAGAACAAAGCGAAACCACGCAGUAUCCGCAUUUGCCCUUGAGCCAGAAAGAGCGGUUCAAGAGUUGGCAAAGAAUUGUUUAGCUUACCUCUGCUUUCGGGAAUUCUCAACCGGGCCCUGCAAGACUUCCGAAACCUUUGAUGAGAGAUUGAUCAGACUGCCACUGGCCACUUAUGCGGCCGUUGCUUGGCCUUAUUUCGUCCGUUCAAGCAAGACCCCUGAGUUGCAACAACGCAUCAACGAAUUCUUCCAGCCACCCGCCUCACCAAUUUUCAUGUCCUGGGUCCAAGUUCUCAAUGCAAUCCAUGGAUCGUGGAACUUCUAUCCAAAUCCCACGACUACACUAUAUUAUGCCUCGACAUUCGGACUCACAGAGGCAGUGGCUGCCUUGCUGCUCAAUCCUGAGGUUAUCUCGGUCAUCAACGACCCAGGCAGCCGGUUCGGUGGGACCGCAUUGCAUGGUGCGACGUUACGAGAGAAGCUCCCUGCAAUGAAACUUCUGUUACGUGCUGGGGCUGAUCCCAACCAAGCGGAUUGGAACAAGAUCAGUCCUUUGCACACAGCAGCUGGGUAUGGGAACAAGGAUGUCAUUCAGUUGCUGCUGGAGCAUGGAGCAAGCCGAGACGCACUGGAUUAUGAAAACCAGACUCCCUUCGACUGCGCAGUCCGUGCUAAUAACCCUGUGUCGAUCAGUCUACUGGCUAGGGAUACGAAGACGCAGGGUAAUCCAACUUUUCAGCCGUCCCAACGAUCCAGCGCCAGUGGGGAUAAGGAUGGCUCAGACGAACAUAUUGUAUCAUCGCCGACAGAUGUCCAGCAGCAAUCCAAGCGAGGGACACGAACUUCUAGCUCUAGGAUUACCUUUCUCAUGAACCAGGGCAAGAUAGCGCGUCAGGAUGAGUCGCCCUGA